CUGUGUUUUCUUCCAGGGUGUUUUAAGGACGACCGCAUCGUGUUCUGGACAUGGAUGUUCUCCACGUACUUCAUGGAGAAGCUGUCGCCGCGAGAACAGGACGACAUGUUGUUCUACGUCCGCAGGAAGCUGUCAUACGUCAGCCCCGACCAAUCAGAGGGCAAGAAGGUAGAGGUGGAGGUGUACAGGAGAGACUCUAAGAAGCUUCCAGGUCUAGGAGAACCUGACAUCGACUGGGAGGAGAGUGUUUACCUGAAUCUGAUCUUAAUGAAGCUGGACUAUGUGGUGACCUGUGCCGUCUGCACGCGCUCAGAUGCAGGAGACAUCCACAUCCACAGGAAGAAGUCUCAGCAAGUGUAUGCGUCUCCAAGUAAACACGCCAUGGACAGUAAAGGAGAGGAGUCUAAGAUGAGCUACCCCAACAUCUUCUUUAUGAUUGACAACUUUGAGGAGGUGUUCUGUGACAUGACGGUAGGAGAAGGGGAGAUGGUGUGUGUGGAGUUGGUAGCCAGCGAUAAGAGCAACCUGUUCCAAGGAGUCAUCUUCCAAGGCUCCAUCCGCUAUGAGGCUCUGAAGAAGGUCUACGACAACAGAGUGAGCGUGGCAGCUAAGAUGGCCCAGCGCAUGUCAUUUGGCUUCUAUAAGUACAACAACAUGGAGUUUGUCAGGAUGAAGGGACCGCAGGGCAAAGGUCACGCUGAGAUGGCAGUGAGCCGGGUCCCGACCGGAGACACCUCCCCCUGCGGCACAGAGGAGGACCUGGACUCACCCCUACACGGGAGGGUGACGUCGUUCAGCACCCCUCCCACCCCGGAGAGGACCCGCCCCUCAUUCUUCUCCCCGUCUCUGCGGAGGAAGGCCCCCAGGAACCGUAUCGCUGAGAUGAAGAAGAGUCACUCAGCCAACGAUAGUGAAGAGCUCUUCAGGGAAGAGGAUGACGAGGACCUGUGUAACCAGUCCAACCUGCGGUCUCGCUCCCUGUCGGGUACAGGUCGAUCCCUGGUGGGAUCUUGGCUCAAACUGAACCGUACAGACGAGUACUUCCUGCUUUACUCCCACCUGACCUACGUCACCCUGCCGCUGCACCGUAUCACCUCAGAUAUCCUGGAGGUGAGACAAAAGCCCAUCCUGAUGACAUAGCAGAUCAGAUCAGAGCUCCAGUCCUCCUCUAACUGCCCCAGAGGCCAGAGCCUCCCUACCAAGAGCCUACCUGCAUCAGGCCCUGACUGACACCACUACAACCCAGUGGCGAGAUGGAGAACUACAGCAACACUACCGCCAUCUGGUGGUGACAUGGAGGAAUUACAGCGACACUACCGCCAUCUGGUGGUGGCAUGGAGGAAUUACAGCGACACUACCGCCAUCUGGUGGUGACAUGGUUACAGCGACACUACCGCC